CGCUGCGAUACAGAAAGAAACGGAGAGCUCCGAUAGAGAGCCUCCAAGAGGGUGGAGUUGAGCUCCGGUGGGCUUCGGCCCAGUAACCUCUGAGUGUAGACCCGUGACCGGCCAGGGGCGCUGUUGGGAUGCGGCGAUGCUUCGGUUGAGUAAAAUUGACAGACUUCUUACAAACUUCAGUCACGCCGCAGAUAUGUGAGAGGAAAACACUGAAGAGACGCGGACAAAGAGGAAUCAGAUCAGACCAGCAGGUGCUCAAAAUGGCCCAGCAGCUAAACAGUGAAGAAGGGACCACAUUAAUUCCUUUACAAAAAGCUGCCACAGAGCCAAGAAGUUCAAUGAUAUCAGCGUCUUUUAAUUUUAUCAAUUCCAUUAUAGGAUCUGGAAUAAUAGGUUUACCAUAUGCAUUGAACCAGGCAGGCCUCCCCUUUGGCCUUCUGCUUUUGGUAAUUGUCGGGUUCAUCACAGACUACUCAAUAAUCUUACUCAUUAAAGGAGGCAACAUGUCAGGGACAAACAGUUAUCAAUCACUGGUGCAAAGUACAUUUGGUUUCCCUGGAUUUCUGAUUUUAUCUGGACUGCAGUUCCUUUAUCCUUUCAUUGCUAUGAUUAGCUACAACAUCACAACUGGUGACACACUGACCAAAGUAUUUCAGAGAAUACCAGGAGUUGGUCCAGAUCACAUACUUGCAGAGCGUCACUUUGUGAUCUUGUUAUCAACCCUUGCAUUCACACUGCCUCUCUCACUUUAUCGAAACAUAGAGAAACUUGGGAAGGUGUCCUUCCUGUCAAUGGUGCUGACACUUAUCAUCCUCAUCAUUGUAAUCAUCAGAGCAGCUACCUUUGGACCCCAAAUCCUCCCUACAGAGAAUGCAUGGGCAUUUGCAAAGUGGAAUGCAAUUCAGGCAGUUGCUAUAAUGUCUUUUGCAUUUAUAUGCCACCACAACAGCUUUCUUAUCUAUGGUUCCCUGCAGCAGCCAACGAUAGCUAACUGGUCUCGGGUCACCCACUUGUCUGUAGGCUCCGCGCUGAUAGUCAGUGCUGCAUUUGCUGUCGCUGGCUACACCACCUUCACCGGCUACACACAAGGAGACAUAUUUGAGAACUACUGCAGAAAUGAUAACCUGGCAACAUUUGGCCGCUUCUGUUUUGGCCUUAGCAUAAUAACCACAUUUCCACUGGAGUGUUUCGUUACACGAGAGGUGGUAUCCAACGUCAUUUUCAGUAGGGAUCUUUCAAAAGCUGAACAUGCGGCCAUAACGUUGCUCAUAAUUGCAGUUUGCACGUCAAUGUCUUUGGCCUUUGACUGUCUGGGAGUUGUAUUGGAGCUGAAUGGUGUUGUGAGUGCCACACCUCUGAUCUUCAUCAUCCCAUCUGCGUGCUUCCUCAAACUCUCCACCGGCCGCUGGUUCCAGACUGAAAACCUGAUACCCAUCAUCUUAAUAAUAAUCGGCUUUUUUGUCAUGAUCACCGGUUUGAUCAUGACUGGCCUCUACCCUCAAGACUGCUCACACGGUGUGGAGAUGUUCUACUGUGCAGACGCCAAUGUCUCUGUUACUGUACCGCCUGUAUGAAAUGAGCAUUCACCAAAUAUUGAAUUGUCUUAAACUUGUUUUUCAUGAUUUGGGCUUCAGUCUCAUUAGUCCCAAGUAAGGGAAAUCAGUUUGGGGAAGAUCUUUUCCUCUUUCAGCAUGACAAUACCCUGCACAUAAAAGCCAGUGUGAAAGUGAACACAUACUUUUGGAAUUAACUGUCUGUUUGGAUCUUUGUUAUUCUGAAUUAUUUGUAUCACACACAAGGGGGAAUUGUCGUAUCCCUAUCCAGCCACACGAUGUCACUGUAGACAAAUAAAGCAUUGAUUAAAAGGAAGUACAAAAGAACAA